AUGGCCACCGAGUACGACGUGGCCGUCGUCGGGCUCGGCGCCCUCGGCAGCGCCGCCGCCUACCACGCCGCGCUCAAGGGCGCCCGCGUCAUCGCCUUUGAGCAGUUCGAGCUCGGCCACGUCCGCGGCGCCUCCCACGACACCUCGCGCAUCAUCCGCACCUCCUACGAGGCGCCGCAGUACGUCGCCCUCGCCAAAUCCGCCUACGAGGACUGGGCGCAGCUCGAGGCCGCGGCCGGCCAGAAGCUGACCACCAUCACCGGCGGCCUGGUCUUCCUGCCCGACGGCGGGCCGCUCUCGCCCGAGGCCUUUGCGACGAGCCUAGGCCAGAACGACAUACCCUACGAGCUGCUGGGCGCGGCGGAGGUGAGGGAGCGGUGGCCGCAGUUUGGCAUCGGGGAGGAGGUGAGGGUGGUGUACACGCCGGACUCGGGGGUGGCGCACGCGGCCAAGGCGGUGGCGGCGAUGCAGCACCUGGCGCGCGCGAAAGGCGCGCUGCUGAGGGAGUUGACGCCCGUGACGGCGAUCACGCCGCCCAAGGACGGAGGAGGAGUGGUGGUGAUUGAGACGCCUGGCGGCACCUACGCCGCCAAAAAGGUCAUCCUGGCGACGGACGCGUGGACCAACGAGCUGCUGGGCCCCCUCGGCGUGCACAUCCCCCUGACCGUCUCCCAGGAGCAGGUCACCUACUUCAAGCCCUCCGACGCCUCCGCCUUUGACGCCUCGCUGUUCCCCGUGUGGAUCUGGCACGCGGACCCGUGCUUCUACGGGUUCCCGGCCUACGGCGAGCCCACCAUCAAGGCCGGCCAGGACUGCGCCAUGAACCCGAUGACGCCCAAGGAGCGCACGUUUGUGCACUCGCCGAAGCUGCUGGACGACCUGCGCGGGUUCAUGGACGGGCUCAUCCCGGAUGGGAAGCGGGAGACGCUGCGCACGGUGACGUGUCAGUACACGCUGACGCCGGGGAGGCAGUUCGUGGUCGCGCCGCUGCGGAGGCACCCGGAGGUGCUGGUGGCGCUGGGCGCGGCGCACGCGUUCAAGUUUGCGCCGGCGAUAGGGAGGAACUUGGCGGAGAUGGCGGUGGAUGGGAAGAGCUCGGAUGACUUGUCCAAGUUUGGCAUGCCGGCGGGUACGGAGGACGACUAG